AUCUCUACAAAUCAUUAAAAACUCGUUAGCCGGGUGAACAGUGAAUUUCCAAAAGGAAUUUUUGAGUUUUAUUUUGUCAAUCUUAAGAAUCUGUUCCUCUCCAGAGAUGUCCAGUGAUUGCAGUAGCAGCAGUUUGGAGGAUUUACCCAUUCGCAAGUCACAGAGACAUAGAACACCAAACAAAAGAUAUUUUUCCAAUGAAUUUUCUUCAGGAUCUGAUAGAAGUGGGAAUUCCAAGGAAGCCGCCGGAGUUGAUUGUGAUCUAUCCGGCCUGUGUUUGGAGUCUCCGGAUAGUAAGAAUGUCGUCAAGGCCAGUGAGCUCUUCGAUGAGGCUGAAGAUGUCGCCGGAGGGAAUAUUUAUUCCUUCAAAACGCCCAAAAAGCGCAAUGCAAUGUCCCUGAUGGCAGCCAGUGCGACAACCCCAAAAUCCUCCAGCUCCCAGAUGCCCACAACUCCGGGAACAGGGAGGAAGAGUACCAGCGCGAGGGAGACACAGUUGGGCAAGACACCGCAGCAUAUUCGCGCGAAAAUAAAGAAACGUCUUACUAAGAUUGUGGAAAGUUCUUCGGAUUCAUUUUCAUUGACUGAAGAUUCUUCCACUGAUUCAGAAGGAGAAUCCACUUCAACGGAUUCAGAGGAAGAUGAGCCCAAGACACCCAGGAAGAGAAUUGUCCGGAAAGUUGCCCCAUCUUUGAUUGCUCCCAUGACACCUGUUGCAACACGGAAGCGCAAUCUCAGGACAAAGACUGAAUCACAAUUUUGCCUGAAGAGUGACAAUUACUUCAGCAGUCAGACAACAAAAGGGAAAUCUCUAACAUCUGACCAUACGCUGGAUCACUUGAAGACACCUCGACUUCCACAUUCGGAAAUGAUGAAGCUUCUGGAUGCCGUUGAAUUCCCGGAAGAGCAUGAAACUGCCAUAAAGGAGCUUCAGGGGGAGUACAAGAGCUUCUUCUGGAAGUGGUUGUGUAUCCUCAAUGAGGGAUUCAAUCUCCUGCUCUAUGGGCUGGGCUCGAAGAGAAACUUAAUGAAUGAAUUCCACCGGGAAAUGCUUUCAGAUCAACAUGUUUUGGUGGUUAAUGGCUUCUUUCCCAGCUUGACCAUCAAGGAUAUCCUGAGUAGUGUCAUUUGUGACAUUCUGGAGCUGGAAUCUGUUCCCACGUGUCCUUAUGAGGCUGUUCAGUUGAUUGAGAAUGAGAUGCAGGAGAGGGAAGGAUCUCAUCUCUUCCUGAUUGUUCACAACUUGGAAGGAGCAAUGCUGAGGAAUGGAAAGGCACAGACAGUUCUCAGUCAAAUUGCCAAGAUUCCCAGUAUUCAUCUCAUUGCCUCAAUAGAUCACAUAAACACAGCUCUCCUUUGGGAUCACUCCAAGCUGAGCAAUUACAACUUCACCUGGUGGGAUGUUACCUCCAUGCUGCCCUACACGGAAGAGACAGCCUUUGAGAAUUCCCUGAUGAUUCAGAAUUCCGGGGCAUUGGCUCUGUCAUCGCUCAAGAGUGUCUUCCAGUCUCUCACCACCAAUGCAAAGGGAGUCUUUAUGCUGAUCGUGCGGAAGCAGCUGGAGAAUCGAAGCAAUUCCAACUACCCCGGUAUGCUAUUCCGGGAGCUCUACAGCAAAAGUCGCGAAGCAUUCCUCGUGAGCUCUGAUCUCGCACUGAGGGCGCAGCUGACGGAACUCUUGGAUCACAAAGCCGUGAAAAUGCGCCAAGGAAUUGACGGUGGGGAAUACCUCAGCAUCCCAAUUGAUGGGAAUCUCCUGCAGCAGUUUCAACAGGAAAAUCAAAUUUAAAUUUAACUGUCAUUUGGGUGAGAUUCUUAUCGUCGCGCGGCGCGCUUCCGGAUAAGGUCAAAUUGAAUCAUUUGUUCCGCAUUUGUUGCUUCUCCCGCAUCAGCUGAAGCUCAGCUGGUUAAGAGACGUUGAGGAAUAAAGUUGUGUGUUCUCUGAAUGUGUGAAAAA